AUGUCGAUAGACACCACCACACCCACACUUCUCGCAACACUCCUACAACAGGAACAAGACCUCCAGUUUUUGACCUUUGAUUCAACACUAGCAUUAGACCUUGGCCUGCUCCUAAUAAAAAACGCAAACAUUAAAACACCAUUGCAUCCUGUAGUAAUUUCAAUCACGUUAAACAAUCAGCUGUUAUUUCACUAUGCUAUGCCAGGCACGGCACCGAUAGAUACUGAAGCGGUGCGACGAAAAGCAAGUAUUGUUGAACGAUUUUGUCAUUCUUCGUAUUACGUGGGACAGUUAUUUAAGAGUCAAGGAAAUAAUGGUAUUACGACUAUAUCGAAUAUUGCAUCAUUAUCGUCGACGACGACACAAAUAGCAGCAGCAACAUCAUUAUCCUUUGAUGAGAGUGGCCUGUUAAAAGAGUACACGGGUGGCGCGUUUCCAUUGAUGGUUAAAGGUAUUGGCGUGGUGGGAUCUAUUGCCGCGAGUCGAUUAACUGGAAAUAAUGAGGACCAUGAAUUGGUAGUGUCUAGUUUGAAAGAAUUUUUAGGAAUGGAAAAGGAGGGAAAGAAUAAAGUCGAAUGA